ACUCGCCACAUUUACAGUGGCUCCUUGUGCGCAUAGCCUCUGCGUCGUUGCUAGACUGCAUCCAGCAACUCAUUCUCUCCAGCCACCACCAUCACGCCAAGUCUUUCACGCUUUUGAGUGUUUAGACUACUAGAGAUGCCCUAACGACGAGCUUUAGUUUGUCGACCACAGCUCCCGACGUCGCACACGACGGCCGGGCUCGGAGCCAAUCUUCAUCGUAUCGAUUCAGGACACAAGGGCUGCGACGAGACUUUGGCAAUAAAAGAAUGGCAUCGGCCAAAGGAUCGACCACGUUCUUCCUUCUGGUCAGUCUAUUGACCAUUAUUCAACGUCCUCAUUUGAAAUGCGGAGCCCAGGAAGUGAUUCCCAUCGGAGCCAUUUUCGAAGUGGGCACGGACGAGAUGCAGGCCGCUUUCCGGCACGCCGUCUCCCAGUUUAACCGGAUGAACGAAAGCGCCAACGGGCGUCGAUACGAGCUCCAGGCUUUCGUCGAUGUUAUCAGCACGGCCGACACGGUCAAACUCUCUCGACUCAUUUGCACGCAACUGUCGAGGGGCAUCUUCGCAAUCUUGGGCGCCGUCAGCGCCGAUUCAUUCAGCACCAUUCACUCCUACACCAACACGUACCACAUGCCGUUCUUCAGUCCUUGGUUCCCCGAAAAGGUUCCUGUACCGACGUCGGGUCUGAUGGACUACGCCCUUAGCCUAAGACCCGAGUAUCAUCAAGCCAUCCUCGAUGUUAUCGCCUACUACGGCUGGAAGAAUAUUAUUUACAUCUACGAUUCUCACGAUGGUUUAUUGCGGCUACAAGAGCUCUACCAGAGGAUCAAACCGGGCAGCAAUAACAACCUACUGAUCGAGAUGGUCCGUCGAGUCGAAAAUUACCGGGAAGCCAUCCAGUUCCUGCAGACGUUGGAGUCGAUCGACAGGUACGGCCGCAAAUUCGUCGUCCUCGACUGCAGCGCUUCGCUGGCUUCGGAAAUCAUCAUCCAGCACGUCAAAGACGUCCAUCUGGGCCGUCGCAACUAUCACUACCUCCUCAGUGGAUUGGUGAUGGAUGAUCGUUGGGACGAGCGCGUCAAAGAAUACGGAGCGAUUAACAUCACCGGAUUCAGAAUCAUCGAUACGGAGCGCCCCAUUGUCCAGCAGUUUUUCCGCACAUGGGAGGCCUUGGAUCCAGCCAUCUAUCCUGGAGCUGGCAAACCAUUUAUUCCAGCACAAGCUGCUUUGGUUUACGAUGCCGUCACUUUAGUGGCAGACACUUUCAAUCGGAUGCUGAAAAAGAAGCCGGAUACGUUCCGCUCUUAUCUGCAGCGCAAUAAAGGCGAUCCGUUGGCCAACGCGUCCAAGGCGCUCAACUGCUCCCGCAACGCCGUCUGGGAGCAAGGCGACCGUAUCGCUAAAUUUGCUCGCAAAGUAAAUUUGAAUAUAAUGUUUUACUCGCGUGUGUGUACAUCAAUGAUGGUUAUCUCUGUUCAGCAAUCGGAUCUGGAAGGAUUGACGGGAAGUUUGCGAUUCGGCGAAGACGGAAGAAGAGAAAAUUUUACCCUCAGCGUCGUUGAAAUGACCGUUAACAGCGACAUUGUCAAAAUUGGACAAUGGUCGGAGCAAACGAGAUUCCAAACGGUUCCGGCCAAGUACGUCCGACUACCGGCCACGCCGGAAUUCGAGAAAAAUCGAACUUACAUUGUCACGACGUACAUGGAGGAGCCGUACAUGAUGAUGCGGAAGACGGAAGGCGGCGAAGAGCUGACGGGCAACGAUCGAUUCGAAGGCUAUUGCAAAGACAUGAUGGAUCUCAUCGCCGCCAAACUGGGCAUUAAUUACGAGUUACGUAAAGUCAAGGAUCACAGAUACGGUAACGAAAAUCCUAACGUCACUGGCGGAUGGGACGGUAUCAUCGGCGAGCUGGUCCGUCGGGAAGCGGAUUUGGCUGUGGCGGCGCUGACGAUCAACUCUGGCCGGGAACGAGUUGUUGAUUUUAGCAAACCUUUUAUGGACCUCGGAAUCAGCAUCAUGAUCAAGAAACCGGUGAAGAAAUUCCCGGGCGUCUUCAGUUUCAUGGACCCGCUGUCCAAGGAAGUCUGGAUGUGCAUGACGUUCGCUUAUCUGGGCGUCUCCAUCGUCCUGUUCGUCGUCAGCCGUUUCGGCGGCGCCGAAUGGAAAAUCGAAGAUUCUCACGUUGCUUUCACGCCCAUCGCCGAGACGUCGAACGCAGACGUCGACGGCCAAUCGUCGGAGAGUUCUUCGCAAAUGCUGACCAAUCAUUUCUCCGUUAAGAAUUCGCUGUGGUUCGCGCUGGGCGCUUUCAUGCAGCAAGGAAGCGACAUCUCUCCUAGAUCGAUAUCGGGAAGAAUGGUGGGCGCCGUCUGGUGGUUCUUCACAUUGAUCCUCAUCUCUUCGUACACGGCUAACUUGGCCGCCUUUUUAACUGUCGAACGUAUGGUGACGCCCAUCAACUCGGCCGAGGAUCUCGCCCGUCAAACGCAAGUAGAAUACGGAACUAUCAGUUCCGGAACGACGCUGGAUUUUUUCAAAAAUUCCAAGUUCGCCGUUUACAGCCGAAUGUGGGAAUUUAUGAACUCGAGGAAGCAUGUCUUCGUCCGCACUUACGACGAAGGCAUCCGCCGAGUGCGUCAAUCCAAGGGCAAGUACGCUCUACUCAUCGAGAGUCCCAAGAACGACUACGUCAACGAGCGUUACCCGUGCGACACAAUGAAAGUUGGACGUAAUCUCGAUACCAAGGGGUUCGGAGUGGCCACACCUCUCGGUUCACCUUUGAGAGAGCAAUUAAACUUGGCCGUUCUGUCGCUCAAAGAAAGCGACGAUUUGGCUCGGUUGACUAACAAAUGGUGGUACGAUCGGGGCGAAUGCGCCAAUGCGGACAAACAGGAAACGACGCAGAACGAGCUGUCGUUGAGUAAUGUAGCUGGAAUCUUUUACAUUUUGAUUGGUGGACUCGUACUCGCACUGGCUGUCGCUUUUUUCGAAUUCCUUUAUUGGUCUCGCGUCGACGCUAAAAAGAACAAAAUUUCAUUAACAGAAGCCAUGAAAGCCAAAGCUCGAAUUUCUAUUACCGGUGAAUUCAGCCAUCUCCAUCACAAUUCGACAGUGUCGUGAAUGGCGGGUCUCUUAUGAUGAACUACACGUGAACGAUUGUCACCAGGGUAUUUUAAUGAUCUCAUUUUUUAUUUUCCACGAUGCUCGAUGCAUUUUUGGUUUAAUUGAAGAAUUAUUCCGAAGUAAUUCUUCGGAAAUUGCAGAGAGAAAUAUUUGUGUUGGAUGACCGAAGGUGUAUUGGAAGUUUGUUCAAUUGUAAGCUGUUUGAUAUCGUAUCCAUCCAUGAAAAUCCGCUUAUUGAAACAAGUGGCAUAUGAUGUUACGUGAAAUUCCCUAUCCGUUUUCCGUUUUUUUGUUAAAGUAUUUAAUGGUUUGUGUCGUCAAUUCUGUUGGAC